CCCGACCCGCUCGGCACCACUCAGCCAGGCUAGUUGAGCACAGCGGAUCGCAGGAAGCCUCUCUGGACAUCAUGGGACUCACACAGGACCCCACCUUCCAAAAGCUGCAGGACUGGUACACAGCCCACGCCCUGAACCUCAACAUGAGGCACAUGUUUGAGGCUGACAAGGAGAGAUUCAACAGGCUCAGCCUGAGCAUGAAGACUGAGGAUGGAGACAUUCUUCUGGAUUACUCCAAGAAUCUCGUCACUGAUGAAGUCAUGAAGAUGUUGCUUGAUCUGGCGAAGUCGAGAGGUAUCGAAGCUGCCAGAGAGAAGAUGUUCACCGGAGAGAAGAUCAACUUCACAGAGGGCCGCGCUGUGCUCCACGUGGCUCUGAGGAACCGCUCCAACACGCCCAUCAUGGUCGACGGUAAGGAUGUGAUGCCGGACGUCAACAGAGUUCUUGAGAAGAUGAAGGGCUUCUGUCAUAGAGUUCGCAGCGGCGAGUGGAAGGGCUUCACAGGAAAGGCCAUCACAGAUGUUGUCAAUGUCGGCAUCGGAGGAUCUGACCUUGGCCCCCUGAUGGUGACGGAGGCCCUGAAGCCUUACUCAAAGGGAGGACCCCGUGUGUGGUUUGUGUCAAAUAUUGAUGGAACGCACAUCACCAAAACCCUGGCACAGCUGAACGCUGAGACGACGCUCUUCAUCAUCGCAUCCAAGACAUUCACCACCCAAGAGACCAUAACCAACGCUGAGUCGGCCAAGGCCUGGUUCCUUGAACAUGCCAAAGACAAAGCUGCUGUUGCAAAGCACUUUGUGGCCCUUUCCACAAACGGACCCAAAGUGAAGGACUUCGGCAUCGACACGGAGAACAUGUUUGAGUUCUGGGAUUGGGUUGGUGGUCGUUACUCCUUGUGGUCUGCAAUUGGAAUGGCCAUUGCCCUGCACAUUGGCUACGACAACUAUGAAAAGCUUCUUUCAGGAGCUCAUUGGAUGGACAACCACUUCCGCACCGCUCCUCUGGAAAAGAACGCUCCCGUCCUGCUGGCUCUGCUGGGCAUCUGGUACAUCAACUUCUUCCACGCUGAGACCCACGCCAUGCUGCCCUACGACCAGUACAUGCACCGCUUCACUGCCUACUUCCAACAGGGUGACAUGGAGUCCAAUGGAAAGUACAUCACUAACGAUGGAGCACGUGUGAACUACCACACCGGGCCAAUAGUGUGGGGAGAGCCGGGAACCAAUGGACAGCAUGCAUUCUACCAGCUCAUCCAUCAAGGAACACGCAUGGUGCCUUCUGACUUCCUGAUCCCAGCUCAGUCACAGCAUCCCAUCAGAGAGAACCUGCACCACAAGAUCCUGCUAGCUAACUUCCUGGCGCAGACAGAAGCUCUGAUGAAGGGGAAGACCACGGAGGAGGCCAGGAAGGAGCUGGAGGCCGGCGGUCUGAGUGGAGAAGCUCUGGACAAAAUCCUGCCACACAAAGUAUUCCAAGGAAACAGGCCGACCAACUCAAUCAUCUUCAAGAAGCUGAGCCCGUACACGCUCGGAGCGCUGAUAGCGAUGUACGAGCACAAGAUCUUCAUCCAGGGUGUAAUGUGGGAGAUCAACAGUUUUGACCAGUGGGGAGUCGAACUGGGCAAACAGCUCUGCAAGAACAUCGAGGCCGAGCUGAAGGACACCACAGAGGUCCACUCCCACGACUCCUCCACCAACGGACUCAUCAACUUCCUCAAGAAAAGCUUUGCCUGAGUCCAUUCCCCCCCCCCCCCCCCCCCACACACACACACACACAAACAACUGCCACUUUACUCCACGUCAUUAUCCAUCUAAUCAGCUCGUGAGCUGCAUGGACAGGAGACUCAGAGGCAGCUGGUCACUCCCACGCCGUCGAGCUGAAGCACUCUGUAUGUUUUCCCUCUCGUUAUGAAUAUCGUGACUGUCCACAGUCUCUUUCUACGUUUGUCCGUUCACCACCGUGAGGGGGAGAAAGCUGUUUUUCUAUUCGAGUUUGAGGAAGGCCAGAGUGAACUGUGCUCCACUGUCAUGAGAAAUGUAGUUUCUGGAAUAAAUUCCUUUACACAA